CUCAAUGACUUGAAGUGACAUCAAGUAAAGAGCUGAUAAUCUGCCAAAUAAGGACAGAUGUUCCCGACUUCUCUCUGCGUCCAAGAGGAAGUGGUGACUGAUCAUGUGGUCUGAAAUGUCUUGACUGCUUGACAGAUGCACUUUCAUUCCUUCAUGAAGUCAGCCUUUGAAUGUGUGGCCUUCCCUGAUGUCCAACCAGCUGACACAAUCUGUUCUGAUGUCUCGUGUGUGUCCUUCAGGUGCUCAGCAGACAGUCACUGGUUCUGGAGAGGUGGACAUCAGCACAUAUCCCAUUACAUUUUAUGGAGUGACGUACACACGACUUUAUGUGAACUUCAUGGCUGACAAGUUUACAGUGUGUUUCACCGGCUUUUAUGACCCUCAAGUCAAACAGGACUGUAUUGUGUUGCCUCCACCCUCGAAAAGCAGUGCUGAAGUCAGUUCUUAUGGACCAAGUGAUCGACUUAAUAAUUAUCAUCGUAGAAUGGUACCAACUAUUAAGAACAAUCAUCAAGGCCAGACUGAAUUUCACAACUUUAAAGACUCAUACGCUAUGCUGAUUCUAGUUAACUUUGGGACACAAGCAACUCUGUAUUACUAUGAGAGUGGCACACCUAAUCCAUUUGUGAUUACGACUCUGGUCAAUGGUGAGACAUUCGACACAUUCAACGUCAAAGGUUCUAGUUCUUCUUUGGAGGAUGCGUUCGACAUCAGUGGAUGCAGACAGUCAGGUGUUGUAUAUAGAGCAGGUGAAGCUGUGAGCAUUGACCCAGAAACCUGCUCCUACUGCGAUGAGACUGUAGCCAUCCAAACUGCUGCCUGUGGCCCCCUGGAGCGUUGUCAACAAAACGGAAUGUGUGCUCUGGUCACCGUCUGCACCGUGACGGGCCCUACUGUCAUUGACGUUCACGAACAGCUCAACUCUGUCCAGGAUCGGUGCACGUACACUCUGAUGACGGAUUCCUCAGUGCCAGACUUACACAUCAUGGCAAACUUCCGUGAACACCGUCGUAAAGAUGUGAGCUUUGUGGACAGUGUGACACUGCUGAAAGGACAGACUCAAAUUGACCUGAAACAAGGUGGGAGAGCUCUGGUGAACACCACAACACUGACCCUCAGCAGCUCAGCUCAGACGGUUGAAGGUGUGGAGCUCUCUAAGGACCAAACUACAGUCACCGCCAAAGUGACAGCCUCGAGCUUCACCAUUUCUGUCUUCUUUGAUGACCACACAGCACAUAUCACCUUCACUGGAUCCGAUGAACAAAUUGCAUCUCUGCAGGGUUUGUGUGCCAACUCCAGUUCUUUAAGUGAAGUGAAGCUCCCAGAGUUCAGCACCAACGGCUGUGAUGUGGAGCACAACGACACUGUGGACAGCACCAUCGACUGUGAAGACAUGACUGAACGCUGUGGUCUCCUGAAUGAGACGAUCUUCAGUUCCUGUCACAGCCACACCGACCCAACGCCCUACAUAACCGCCUGCGCCGACACUUUGUGCAGUUAUCCUGACGUGGACGGUCUCUACUGUCAGUUCAUGGAGGCCUACGCCAGAGCCUGCAGCCUGCGGAGCAACGACACACUGGACUGGAGGACAGAAAUCGGCUGCUCCUCCCCUCAGGUCUUCUGUCAGGACAGGAUCUGCAGUGACCACGAGUUCUGUGCUCAGACAGUCAGUGGUGAACCCGCCUGCUUCUGUCGGGCCAUUUUUGCCUCCCCGUACAGAUCGACAGACUCUUAUGGUGACCCGACAGUCUGCGACCACAACUCUGCUUCAGCUACCCUGGUUGGGUGUCUUCUGGAGGAAAAAGGCUUUGACUACACAGCAUUACAUCUCAAUGAUGAGACCUGCAGGGGUGAGAUGGAUGAGCUGACCCACAUGGUGACCUUCAGCUUUGACAGCAGCAACACCUGUGGGGCCGUGGUCACGACCAAUAACAGCCAACUGAUCUACAAGAACACCAUCGUAGUGCAGAACAGCUCCUCUGUCAUCACUCGCAACGACCAAGUUUACAUCGACUUCUCCUGCAUCUAUACUCAACCAGACAUCAAGACUAUGUCCUUCAGAAUCAGAGACAGCUCUGUAGUCCAACACAUCACAUCUGGAUCUUGGAAUUACAAUCUGACCAUGAAGGCCUACACCAAUGCUGGCCUCACACAAGCUGUGGUGUCGGGGACUGAAGUCCGAUUGAACCAGAAGAUCUGGGUGGAGCUGGAUACUGAGGGGCUGGAGGGCAGCUUUGUUUCCGUGGUGAUGGACUCCUGUUGGGCAACUGAUCAGGAAUCACCCAGUGCGAGUCCGAGAUACGACCUGAUCAUAGAUGGCUGUGCGAACCCUGCUGACCAGACGGUGGAGGUGGAGGGAAGCGGAAUGGGAACAUCCACCUCCUUCUCCUUCCACAUGUUCCAGUUCACUGGGAGCUCGGGUGAGGUGUACCUGCACUGCCAAGUCCACCUGUGUGCCCACGACGAAGAGACCUGUACCCCGGUGGGCCUCCCAAACACACCACACACUCAUGAACCAGCUGCUCGUCACUGGAGGACAGUUAGAACAGGACGUCUGCUGGCCUACUGGUUCACACACAUACAAUAAUCUGUGGUCACAGCGUCCCCGAGUUCCUGCUGAGGCUUUGUUUCCUGUCUCCUCUGUUGUCCACUUCAAAAUAAAUGUUGAAAUGUCCCAAACAAUCUGCAUAACAAGCAGUUAGAACAACAGUUGGACCGUUCUUCCAGUUUUGACCUCUUUGAUAUCAACUGCAUCACAUUUUAACACUCUGUGCAGCUGGAACCACAAUUACUUCAUCCAGAAACAUUUGCUGACGUAAAACAAACCUCCAGGUGGCGCUGCAGCAACAUGAUAAACUCAGUGCAGAACUUCUCUGUGUAGUAGUCCUCUGUCCUCUGAAAAGCGGAAUACUACACAUUACUCUGCUCUGUGUUACAAUAUUAAACAUAACCAUGAUCAAACUGAGGGACUCACACAACAGGUGAAAUGUUCAGCCCAGAAAGAAUGGAUCUGAGAUGGUCUUCUGAAGUCUGGACUCUGUCUCUCUGUAACUUACAGGUCUGUAAUGCGCAUGAUCGGAGACGCAGAUCUGCAAGGUUGGAAUAUGCAGAUGAAGCAUCAGCCUUCAUCACGAUGGCCUGGAUUCAUUAGGUAAGACACAACUCUGCUGCUGACUGGUGGCAUCUCUACAGGAAUGUGAGUGAUAUUUGAUGACCUGAAGGUAAAAGGUGAGUCUGACAGGGAGGACAGGAGGGUUUUUCUGCUCAGCUUUCAGACUCAGCACAAAGAACAGAAUGAAGAGAAUUCAAGAGUCAAAACAUGGUGGUCUCAGUCAGGAAUUGGAGAAAACACAUCAAUCACAGUUUGGUCUGGUCGUCUUCUCAGGUUGUUAACACGCCGACUCGGACCGACUGACAGGCUGUGGACGUUCACAAGGAUUCCUGCCUUUGAUUGGUCCUGAUCCAGAGCCUUGAUGUGGGAAUCCUUUGGUUUUAGAAAGACAUCUUCUGAAGGGACACCUCAGCUCUCACUGCAGAUUUUCUGCCACUAGAGAAUAUAACUUGACCUUUUUUCCCUACAGUAUGAAACACACAAAACAUCAUAAAAAGUGAUAAGGUGAAGGGACGUGUGUGUAGGGUUAACUAGAGUAUAUGUGCUCUCAUACUAAUGAAAAUAAUCAGAUGUGAUUCGGGGUUACUAAUGAUUAAUGGUGAUUAAGUGUGGCCUCCAUGUUGAAGUCAGUCAGAGGAAUAAGAUGAGUGUUUGGAGCAGUUCACUGAGCUCUGGAGGACAGGCUCCAUGUGGAAGACACUUGUUAGAAAAGAGGCAGCCAAAAAUACAUCAAAUAAAUAAAAUGCUUUGAAUUGCAUGUAAGUUGAUCCAUAAACUUUCCUGUGUGAUACUGUGAUUUGCUGUUUUUAUCUUUAUCAUCUUAUUUGUGGGAAAAUAAAAACUAUAAGUUUCAUUGGUUCGUU